AUGACCCAGACCCGAAAGAAGGGUCUCACUGCAGUAUCCGAGCUGGAGAAAGAAAUCCGCUAUGACCAGUGCGCAAUGGGUAAAUACCAAGCCACACCCAGCGACUAUGAGUACACCAGUUACCGUAUUGGUCAACUUUUACCGCCUGAGCUUGUUGGCCAUCGGGUGGACGACCAAUUAGCCUCUUUUGCGAUGACCAACACCGUCCCUAUGCAUAGGGACUUUUAUGUUGAAUGGAAGAGAGUUACCCAGAUAAUCUACAAAUACGCCAAAGAAGUUUGCCGGGUACCGCAACCCCACGAAGCUUAUGAAGCUGCUGCUGCUGCUGCAGCUCAGAAAGCCUUGGAAAUAACCAGUACAACAGCACCUGCUUCGACAGCUGCCCCUUCUGCCAUCACUACCGAAGCUGCUUCGACCAGUACUCCCUCUCCUUCGUCUGAGAGUUCUACUGAGUUUCCUUCCAGCGAGGUCCUCAACUACGGUCAGCUGUAUCUAGUCGCCGGCGCCGUGCCUACGCUGGGUUACAAGAAGACGGUGGGCAACGGUGUUAAUGUUCCACAUCUUAUAUGGAUGGGCGGCUGUUGUCUGCAGGGCAAUGAAACCAAAGGGUUUGCCGUGUAUGGCCAGAAUUCGGCUCAGAGUUCAAUGGGAGCUACUUCCUUGCCUCAGUUAGAGAUUCUUCUUUCACAAGAGUACACAAAACACACCAAAAGAUCACACCCAUUCAAAAUCAAGAUUUUUCCUGGAUUUCAAGGACGUUGCAGUAGUGCCCAGAAUGACGAUUCUUUGAAUCUAACUCUCUGA